CCAAAGAAACAUAGCCAACUAACACACAUAGACAAGUUUAGCUAUAUUCUUCACUACUCUCCUCCAACUAUACUACUACUUCAUCACUACCGUUUCUCUAGUCGUCUCUCCUAAGUCUCCUUUCUUUUCCUUUCUUUCAAACAUGGCACUGAAAGUAGCUGCUGUGAAUUCAUCGAGGGCUGUGGCUGCGGUGGCGGCACAAGAUGGGGAGGGGGAUUUAAUGGUGGUGAGAGAGUAUGAUGAAGAGAAAGACAAGGUGGCUGUGGAGGAGAUGGAGAGACGUUGUGAAAUUGGGGAAGGAGGAAAGCCUUCGCUUGUGGCUGACCUUUUAGGUGACCCCUUAUGUAGAGUCCGCCACUUCCCAUCUCACAUCAUGCUGGUAGCAGAAUGUGGAGAAAAAAGAGAGAUUGUAGGAGUUAUAAGAGGCUGUGUAAAAACUGUGACAAGAGGGAAUUCAGUUUAUGUAAAGUUAGCUUAUAUUCUGGGAUUAAGGGUCUCUCCUUCAUACAGGAGGCUGGGCAUUGGCCAAAAACUGGUUCAGAAAUUAGAAGAAUGGUGCAAGCAGAAUGGAGCAGAGUAUGUAUACAUGGCCACAGACUGCAGCAAUGAACCAUCCAUCAAUUUGUUCACAAGAAAAUGUGCAUACAUCAAAUUCAGGACCCCGACGAUGCUGGUGCAGCCAGUUCAUGCUCAUUACAAGCCAUUGGGCUCAGGCAUCGCCAUCGUUCGACUCAAUCCGAGGCUAGCUGAGUCGAUUUACCGUCGGGUUUUUGCCAACUCAGAGUUCUUCCCUAAAGACAUAGACAACAUUUUAUGCAACAGGCCAAGUUUGGGUACGUUCAUGGCCUUACCAAGAAAGUGCCUCCCGCAAUGGGAUCCCAAAACAGGGAUUCUCCCACCAAGUUUUGCAAUUACGAGUAUCUGGAGCACCAGGCAGUUGUUCAGGUUGCAGGUGAAAGGAGCUUCGAUGUUGACGUACGCAUGUUGCAUGGCUUCCAGGGUGGUGGACGCCUGGAUGCCAUGGCUGAUGUUGCCCUCCAUUCCUGACGUCUUCAGGAAAUUUUGGGUCUAUUUCUUGUACGGACUGCACAUGGAAGGUAAAAAUGCGUCGCGGCUCAUGAAGUCGCUGUGUGCCUUCGCCCAUAACAUGGGUCGAGAUGAUAAUGGAUGUGGGGCAGUGCUGGCUGAGGUGGGCCAGAGGGACCCUGUCCGAGAGGUGAUCCCACAUUGGAGGAAAUUUUCCUUGUCUGAGGAUUUGUGGUGCAUCAAAAAUCUGGGCGACUCAAAUGAUGGGUCCAAUGACAGAAGUGGGUCGUCCGAUUGGAUGAAAUCACGACCUUCUUCUCCUUUGCUUUUUGUUGACCCACGUGAUAUUUGA